AUGCAGCCAGUGCUGGUGAUCACCACUGACAAGAGCAUAAUUCGUCUGCCCCUUUCUCGCUGCGGUCGUCUCCAAGACUCCGGCAGACAGACAGAACAGCUCUGCUACCUACAGGCUGACCCCUAUUGCAGUUGGAGCCACAGUCAGGCGGCCUGCCUGCCCAUCAACCGACUCUCCUCAGAUAAAGUUGGUGACGACGGCACCAGACAAGGCCAAGCGAGACCGAACUCAGACUAUUGGCGUGGCGUAGUGAAUCUGCUUUCCUUUGAGGCGCCGAGAAGGCCAGGAGCAAAUGUCGGCGGUGGUAUUGGUAGGGGCCCUGGAGGGUCUGAGAUCCACGGGCCGAGGGAGGCGGUUGGCUACAAUUUUUGUCCUUCAGGCUGGCGUCUGCCGUCCGGAUUGCGCAUAGACGGAGCCUGGAGUCGGUGGUCCCAGUGGGUUGCCUGCUCGCCAACCGAACUGAUGCAUCUGCCCACCGGCUGGACUGCAGCGUCGCUGCCGACCUCCUUGUCCGGCUGCAUGUGCCGUUUUCGCUCGUGCUCAUCUCCGCCCGCGCAAGACAGCUCAUCGUUGACGCCGGCGGACUGCCGGCCCGGGUCUGACGGCGCCGGAGCUCAAGUUGCCAACUGUUCAGUGAAUGGAGCCUGGACGGCCUGGUCCGUCUGGUCCGGUUGCCAGCCGGUCUGCGUGCCAGCCUCGGCGCUUGGGAUGAAAGCCGCCAGCCCUCAGGCCCGCAGGUGGCGCGAGCGGUACUGUGAGAAUCCUCGACCGAGAGGACCCAAAGGAAGACCCUGCCUGGGAAAGGGUCGGGAAGAGGAAGUUUGUCCGACACCCACAGUGACGUGUGAAGGUGAGCAGGUGUGA